AUGAAACACAAUCAAGCAGUCUCAAAUAUUCAUUUUUGUAAAGAUUGGAGAAGUAAAGUUCACACUUGGUUUAAACAACCAUUCAGAAAAGUUAGAAGACACCAAACCAGAGUUGAAAAGGCUAAAGCCGUCUUCCCAGCUACUAUUAAAUCUCUUAAACCAUCAGUUCAUUGUAUGAAUCAAAGAUUUAAUUAUAAAUUGAGACUUGGACGUGGAUUCACUUUGAAGGAACUCAGAGCAGCUAAAAUCGAUAAAAACCUUGCUAGAACUAUUGGAAUUGCUGUUGAUCCAAGAAGAAAAGAAUCAUCAAAAGAAUGUUUAAAUAGAAAUGCCCAAAGAUUAACUGAAUACAUGAACAGACUUGUUGUUCUUCCAAAAGUUCAUGCUGCUACUGCUAAAAGAUUAAUUCUUAACAAGAAAAAUGCUGAAGCUAAAACUAAAAAAGCUGCUGAAAUUAAAAAGUUCAUUGCUGAACAUAACAAGACCAUUAAAGAACUUAAGAUUAAAGUUGCUGUUGCCAAGAAAGCUUAUGCUCAAACUAAAGAUGCUGCUAAAGCUAAAGAACUUAAGGCUUGCCUUAAGGGACUUAAGAAAGCCCAAGUUGCUUUUGCUGCUCAAGUUGCUAAAGAACAAAAGAAGACUAAACAAUUCAAUAAACUUCCAGUCCAACAAAAAGAAGCUAAACAAGUCCUUGAUGCUAACAAGGUUAUCAGAUUAACCGCCCCAUGUACCCUUGAAACUAAGACCCUUACAAAGGGAAUGAAGGCAUUUGAUGCUGUUGCCCAUCUUAGAAAAGCUAAGAAUGUAGCUAAAGCUGUUUCUGGAAUUGCUAAAGGACAAAAGAAAGCUAAUAACGCUCCUUCAAAGAAACAAUAA